AUGGUUCGCACCGCUACCAUUGCAUCGCUGCUGCUUGCUAGCGCUGCGCCUACCCUAGCUGCUGUCCAGGCGCGCAAUGCUGUUCCAGGCGCAUACAUUGUCGAGUUUGAAGAUGGCCAUGAUACUAAGCCCGUCCUCGAUGCCAUCAACAAGGAGGGCGAGCGCCGCCUCGAUCUCAACUUUGAGCUGUUCAAGGGUAUGUCUAUCCAGCUCAAGGAUGUCAAGAGCGCCGAAAACAGCGCCGACAAGCUGGCCGCCAUGCCUGCUGUCAAGGCUGUCUACCCAGUCACUACUGUCUCGCUGCCUGAUGUCAAGGUCAACUGGGUUGCCAACAACGGUCAACCCGUCGAACCCGCAACCCUGCGAAGACGAGACGAUGCCCCGGUCGAUGACAGCAAGGAUACGUUUGCUCCCCACGUCAUGGUUCAAGUUGACAAGCUUCGCGCAAAGAACAUUCGAGGCAAAGGCAUCAAGAUUGCUGUUGUUGAUACCGGCAUUGACUACACCCACCCCGCCCUCGGUGGUUGCUUCGGCCCCGGAUGUUUGGUAGAGAGUGGUUUUGAUCUUGUCGGCAAGGACUACGAUGCCGACGGCUUCCAUACUCCUCAGCCUGGCAAGGACCCCAUGGACUGCCUUGGCCAUGGAACCCACGUUGCUGGUAUCAUCGCCGCACAGGCCACCCAUGCGUUCAACUUCACCGGUGUUGCCCCUGAUGUUAAGCUGAUGGCUUACAAGGUGUUUGGAUGCGUUGACAGCACUUCCAGCGACGUUCUGGUGGCCGCUUUCAACCGCGCCUACGAGGACGGCGCACAAAUUAUCACGGCAUCUAUUGGUGGACCCGCUGGCUGGUCCGAAGAUGCUUACGCCGUCGCUGCGUCGCGCAUUGCUGAAAAGGGCGUGCCUGUGACCAUCUCGGCCAGUAACUCUGGUGACAAGGGCGUCUACUUUGGCAGCUCUGGUGCAAGCGGCAAGUUGGUCAAUGCUGUUGCCAACUUUGAAGUCACGGAUGUGCCUUUUCUUACCCUCUCUGCCAAUAUCAUCUCUGACGUCAACUCAACUGUCAAUCUUGUGCAGUCCAAGCCUGCGCUUGAGAAUGUUGAGCUGCCCAUGUACGCGAUGGGUGUGGACCCCAAAGAGGCUGUCGAUGGCUGCACUAUUCCUGACUCGACGCCCGACCUGAGUGGCAAGGUCGUCUUGGUCCAACGCGGUACCUGCGCCUUUUCCGCCAAGGAAGCCAACAUAGCUGCCAAGGGCGGCAAGUACAUGCUGGUAUACAACAACGCUCCUGGUGUGCCUAUUUCCAUGGCUCUUAGCACUCCCCCCCUGGUUCAGGGUGCGGCCAUGAUUACCGACGUUGAUGGCAAGGCUAUCUUUGAUAAAAUCAAGACUGGCGUGCCUGUCACGUUCAAGAUGGGCAAGAACGCCCCGAUUGGCUACACGGUGAAUCCUGACCCUGUCAAGGGCGGCUCUGUCUCAACCAGCUCCUCCUGGGGCCCUACCUGGGAAAACGAGAUGAAGCCGCAGUUUGGUGGUGUUGGUGGCUCGAUCCUGUCGACUUACCCCGUCGCCCUGGGCUCCUAUGCUUCGCUCUCUGGUACCUCCAUGUCUUGCCCUCAACUUGCUGGUAUUGUGGCGCUCAUUGCUGAAGCCCGCGGCACCUUUGAUCCAGUGACUAUCCGCAACCUGUUGGCUGCCAAUGCCAACCCGCAAAUCUUCAACACAGGUUCCGGUUUCAAGACUGGACUUGCCCCUGUUCCUCAGCAAGGCGCCGGUCUGGUGCAGGCCUAUGAUGCUGCCUUUGCCACAACGCUCCUCGAGCCCGCUGGCCUGUCCUUCAACGAUACCGCUCACUUUACCAAGUCCAAGGACAUGAAGAUUAGCAACGUCGGAAAGGUGUCUGUCACCUACUCGCUGAGCCACGUCCCCGCAUUGACCGUCUACGCAUACAACACCCAACCUUAUAUGGCGGCCUUCCCCAACACUAUUGUCAACUCGGCCGCUACUCUGGAGCUGAGCACCAAGGAGUUCACCCUCGCACCUGGGGAGACCAAGACUGUGACGGUUUCUCCCACCCCUCCCCAAGGUGUUGAUCCCUCUCGCGUUGGUGUCUGGUCGGGCUACGUUGCCAUCAACGGCACCGACGGCACCUCUCUGUCUAUUGCCUAUCAGGGUACCACUGGCACUCUGCACGACCACGCCGCUCUGGCGUCCAACGACGAUAUCUGGUUCACCAGACGUGGAACCAACGAUGCCCCCAUCUCGACCAACGAGACAUGGGUGCUUCCCGCUCCCGGCAACGCCAAGGAGCCUGGAAACUUGCCCUACCUUGUGCACAAGCUGGCCACUGGUUCACGCAAGAUCAUGGCCCAUCUCAAGCCCAUGACGACUUGCCCUCCCAAGAACAUGACGACGGAAUUCAUGGGCGAGAAGACGAUUGGCCAGCCCGAUGGAUUCCCUGCCUUCUGGAAGUCUCGCGGCAACGAGGAGUAUGUGUUCACUGGCAAACUUGCUGACGGCAACUACGCGCCUCCCGGCAAGUACAAGAUUAUUGUCCGCGCUCUUCGCAUCUUUGGCGAUGAGAAGAACGACCACGACUGGGAUGUUGCCGAGUCACCUUCGUUCCGUUUCAAGUAUGCUUAA